UACCGCAGCCGCCCACAAUCACCCAUCAGUCUCCGAAGGAUUACAUCGUGGAUCCGCGAGAGAACAUCGUCAUCUACUGCGAGGCCAAAGGAAAACCACAUCCCAGCUUCUCAUGGACCAGGAACGGAACUCAUUUCGACAUCGAGAAGGACCCGAAGGUGAUCAUGAAGCCUCACACAGGAACGCUGGUCAUCGAUAUCAGCGGCGGGGAGAAGACGGAGGCGUAUGAGGGCAUUUAUCAGUGCGCUGCACACAACCAGCUGGGCACGGCCGUCUCCAGCCACAUACACAUCCGCCAGUCCAAUGUGUUCAGCGUGCUGCGAGAGCUGAUUCUGGCAGGGUCUCCUCUGUGGUCUAAGGAGCGCUUCAGCCCGAUCGUGGCCCAGAAGGGUCAGUCUCUGGUGCUGCACUGCCGCCCCCCUGCGGGCCUGCCGCCGCCCAUCGUCUUCUGGAUGGACAACAAUUUCCAGCGUCUCCCUCAGAGCCGGCGUGUGUCUCAGGGUCUGAAUGGAGAUCUGUACUUCUCCAACGUGCAGAUGGAGGAUUCCAGGAACAACUACAUCUGCUACGCCCGCUUCCCACACACACAGACCAUCCAGCAGAAGCAGCCCAUCAGCGUGCACGUCACCGAGCUGGAGUUGCUCAAUGACACUAUGGCAGAUAUUUUCAAUGACACUGAUUGGUUCAGGGAUAAGCCGAUAGAGGAGCGAGCGCCCGUAUUCAUGGUUCCCAGCGGCUCUCUGAGCUCUGAGCUGGUGCUGAGAGGAGAAACUCUGGAGAUGGAGUGUAUCGCAGACGGACUGCCCACUCCUGCAGUGUCGUGGAGCAAACGCAGCGGUGAGAUCCCCAGCGCUCGAGCCUCCUUCCUCAACUACAACAAGACCCUGCGCAUCACUGACGUCUCAGAAGCAGACGCUGGAGAAUACCAGUGCAGAGCCACCAACACACACGGCUCUGUACACCACACCUACAGAGUCACUGUCAGAGGUACACACACACACACACACACACAC